AUAUAUGUACUUGUAAAAAUAUACAGGUUAAGUUAAGUUGGUUUUUGUUUUUUUAUAUGAAUUAGUAAAAACUUUGUUCAAGUUUCGUUUUAAAAUACACUGUUCAUAUUAUUAUUGUAGAUUCAUGUAGUUGUAUUCUGUUUUAUUUUCAUUGGGUUAGAACAUUAUUAUAGUACGACUGCAGGUAGCAUAUCACUUUUAUAAAUUGUAGUUCAAAUGGUUCAAGCACCUUUGCAGAACUGAAUUGAUUCGGUGAAAGACGAAAGAAAAAUAACGGAAAUACUAAAAUACUCCGGUUGGACAUAAUUAAUGAAAAUACUUCCUAAUGGCGAAUAUGAUAAAAAUAUACUUCAACAAGCACUUGAUGAUGAAUACAAUGAUAAUGAUAUAAAACCCAAGGUCACAUAUGUACUAAGUAACUUAUAUGGAUUAUUACAAAUACACAUAUAUAGUUAUUUUUGUAUUAUAUGCCUAGAUAUGUUUGAUGAUGAAACAGGAAGUUCUGAGUUUUUAUUAACUGAAUACACAAAGUUAACACAAAUGAUUAAGGUUUUUGAUCCCUUAUCACAAUGCAUGCUUAAGGGGCUGGAUUAUUUUGAAUUUAAUAAUCGUAAAGAUAAUUUUAUUAAUUAUAACAUAAAAUAUUACAACGAAAUGAAUAAAUUCAUACAUAUUAAAAAUUACGUGGAGUUAAAAAGCUCAGAUGAUUUAUUAUCUGUAUUAAAAAACUUAUAUGAUGUAAACGAUCAAUUUUUUUUAGCCAAAAUAAGACUAUUUCAACAUAAUAAUAUACCAAUUUAUUAUCCAUUCAUAGAUGAAUACAUAGACCAAUUAGAAAAUCUUAUUUAUGAGGACAAAGAUGACUUAUAUCUUGACUUAAAAGAAAAAGUUGAAGAAGGUGUUCAGAUGUUUUGCAAGGAUUUUGGGUUUGUUUAAAACAAGAGAUUGCGGAUAAAAAAAUCUCGUGUACCUUUUUUGAUUUUCAAUAUAUAUAAGUGCGUUUAUGUAUAAUUUUUUUUAAUUUUUGAAGUACAUUGACUGUUUUGUUUUUCAGUAAAUCAAAAUAUCAUUAUUCAAAAAUAAGAUCAUGCUUAUAUAUCAGUCUAAAAAUAUCUCAUAAAAUCUUAAAUUUAACGAUAACAAUUUGCAAACUUUUUAACUUUUUGUACAACAAUUUAUGAAAUCUUUCAGGAUUUUGUA